AUGGAAAACCGUACAGUAGAACUUAAUCCCAGUUUCAGUCGCAAAACCAGGACGGAACUGGUGGGAAAUAGGACGAGACAUCUAAUCACGUUCAAUCCCAAUUCCGCCAAACCCGGAGAAGAAAUCUACGUGAACAUUCCGAAACUAAAACCGGAUUCUGUUUUGGUUCCGGAUAGUAUGGCAUUGGUCUUUGACUUUAAAAAUACCAACGAAAAAUCCUGGUUCCGAAAUAAUUUGGGGAAAUUACUACAAAAAAGAUUAGAAAUCCGGUUGGCCGGGAAAAAAGUUUACGAUAACAGCGGUGAAAGUUUGAUGGAAGUGUACACAGAUUUGUGGAUGGACGAAAAACAACGUGCCGAUAUGAUCGAAGACGGGAUCGCCGCCGAAGCCGUGCGGAAGAAAAUCUCGAAAGACGACGAAGACAAUGCCGAUGCCGAUGCCACCGCGUUGUUCGGGAUCUUCGGAACGAAACAACGGAUAAGAAUCAAUAAAAUUCUAGGCGAUCACGGAUUAUACGCACCGUAUCAUUCCGCGAACGACUUACUGUACGUGAUCACGUUACCGCAAGCCACGGAAAUCAUGAAUGCUCAAAGUGGCGAAACCGUCGAGGGAUAUUCGUUGGAAAACAUUGAGUUGGAAUAUGAAUCCAUCGAAAAUAAUAAUCUCGCUCGAAAGUCCGAAAAUUUGUACGGAACCGAACGGGAAUUAUCGUUCGAACACGUCACGUUGAUGAAAAAAACCGAAUGGGAUAAGGGUGCGACAAUCGUCAACGAAACUAUCAACGUUCCACGACGAAGUAUGAAAGCCGUCAUGAUGUUAUUCACCGAGAAAACAUCGACCGAUAGCGAAGAAUAUGUAUUUCCGAAUAUCGAAAAAGUCAAAGUGACGAUCGAAGGUGUUCCGAACGUUAUUUACAGUCAGGGUAUGACGAAAACAAGGACGUACGAAGAAGCCAAACGGUUAUUCGGAUCCGAUACAAAUAGUCAACAAUCUCUGAUAAAAUUUUACAAAGAUAAGAAAUUCGCCCUGGUCAUUGACUUACGAACCGUGAACGAUGCGACGACGUACGGAAACGGUGUUAAAAUUCAAAAUAAAUUUCUUCAUAUUGUCAAUAAACAUGCGCCCUUAAAAAACGUAGAGUGUCUAAGAAACGUGUACCUUGGUUAACCCGUGAGUUAAAAUAUUAUAAACGCCAAAAAGCAUAUCUUAAACGAAAGGCAACUUUAUCUAACUUAGACGGCGACUGGGCAGCCUAUAAAUCAUUGAAGAAUCAUUAUAAUAGAUUGAUUAAAAGUACAAUGCGUCAACACUAUCAAGAAAAGAUACAUAAUAAUUCAGGUGAUAUUAAGAAAACAUGGAAAAUAAUCAAUGAGGUGAUUAACAAGUCAAAAAAAGCCAAUAAAGUACUACAGCUUAAAAAUGAAAAUAACGAAAUUAUUGAUCAAGCGGAUAUCCCAAAUCAGCUUAACAAAUAUUUCAUUGAAUUAGGGGAUAAUUUAUCUAAAGAUAUACCCUUAUCAACGUCAACUUCCGACAGAUAUUUUACCAAUUUUCAAUGUCCAACUGACACUUUAUCGCACUUUAAAGAGGUAUCAGAGACUGUAAUAUUGAGAUUGCUUUCUAACUUAACUAUAUCCAAGGCAUCCGGUCUGGAUCAAAUUUCGGCUAAAGUUUUAAAAAUUGCAGCACCAUCUAUUGCUCCGUCACUUACUUUAAUUUUUAAUCAAUCAAUCCGCACUGGGCAUAUUUCCAUCUGACUGGAAAGUUGCGAGGGUUACACCAAUUUAUAAAUCUGGGGAACAAUUUUGCAUGUCCAAUUAUAGACCUAUAUCCGUUAUUUCAAUUGUUGCAAGAAUCAUGGAAAAGCUAAUACACAACCAGAUCUAUGAAUACUUGAUUAAGGAAAAUCUACUAGCAAAUUCCCAACACGGCUUUAGGCCGAACCAUUCAACUCUAACUGCGUUGCUCGAUAUCACAAAUAGCUGGUAUCAGAAUAUGGACAUUGGCCAACUUAAUGGUGUGAUAUUUCUUGAUUUAAAAAAAGCAUUCGAUACUGUUAAUCACGACAUCCUUCUUAGUAAGUUGGCAAUCUAUGGCAUAAGGGGGUCGGCAUUACGCUGGCUCAACUCCUAUUUAACAGGUCGAAUACAAUAUUGCCAAGUGAAUGCCCAUUUAUCUGAUCCUCUAUGUGUGACAACGGGUAUACCACAAGGUUCGGCUCUUGGUCCACUCUUGUUCCUAAUUUACAUAAAUGACCUACCUAAUUGUCUGGAACACACUAAAGUCAAUAUGUUUGCCGACGAUACCCAAAUUGAAACGGCAGGUUAUGAUGUUAAUACAAUUGCUGAGGAACUUAAUCAAGAUCUAGAAAACGUUUCAGUUUGGUUGUCGGCAAAUAAACUAACUUUAAACAAAACGAAGACAGAAUACAUGAUAAUAGGUAGUAAUAGAAGAGUCAAUCAUACUAACAUAACGCCUAAUAUAUUCAUAAAAGACAGAGAAAUUAAUAGAGUCAAAACGACCAAAUCACUCGGCUUAAUGAUUAACGAAACACUCUCAUGGAAUGCUCAAGUUGAUCAAAUUACAAAAAAGGUUAAUUCAGGUCUCAGUAUCCUUAAAAGAUUGAGAGAUAUUCUAGAUUACCAAACACUGAUCAAAAUUUAUUUAUCAAUAAUUCAACCACAUUUCGACUAUUGCUCACAGAUUUGGGGUUGUCUGGGUAAAGUACUAUCUGAUAAACUCCAGAAGCUUCAAAAUAGAGCAUUUCGAAUAAUAACUCGUGAAAACUAUGAUACAUGUACAAUCGAUGUUUUGAACAAGGUCGGUUUUCCAAAUCUCGUGACUAGAAGAAAACAUCAUUUAGCCGUCCUAAUGUUCAAAGCCAAACAUAACAUGUUACCAAAUUGCUUAACGGAACUUUUCAUCACCUCAAAUGAAAUACAUAAUUACAAUACAAGACAGAGCGAAUUCAAUUUUGCAUUACCUAAACCUAAAACUAAUUUUAUGAAAAAGUCUUUCGCCUAUCGAGGAGCUGAGACUUGGAAUAAUCUGUCUGCUGACAUAAAAGCUAAAACAAGUAUCUCUACAUUUAAAAAUAGUCUAACUGUAAGUGUGUAAUUUGUGUGUAAUUUAGUUAUUAUUAUUAGAUACUGUAGUAUAUGUGUAAUUAGUAUAGCUAUAUACGGCUUAUUGGAAGAUCACCCGUCUUAAUUUUUGUUAAUAUCUUGGUGAAAUAGUACCGUUUUUAAUAAAGUCAACAAUAAAGUCAACUGGUUAAAGUUUUGUAUGCCACUAAUGAAAUUUCUAAUCAAACGAAAGCUGCAACGUUGGCGAAGUAUGGCAAUGUAGUGAAGGUGGAUCGGGAAAUGUAUCGUGAUUGGCCUAAUGUCGAAACUGGUGUACGACUGGCAACAAUGAGUGAAUUAGCUGAGGGGAUUCCCUGUCGUAUUUUUAUUGGCCCUUAUCCGAUAGAAACUAGAUAUCGUGGGCAAGUGCCUUUAUAUGGCAGAUGUGGCGACUAUGGACAUCUUGUUGCUACAUGUUCGAAUGAAGUAAAGUGUUUCAAGUGUGGGCAAAUUGGUCAUAUACAACGUCAAUGUUUCAAGUGUUUUCUAUGUGGCCAAAUUGGGCAUGUCAGGGCAGGUUGUCUAGAGAAUCGACGUGACGUGUCCAAUGAGAGAGAUGAUGAAACGUCGGAAAGUAAUUUGAGUAACGAUAUCGGUUGUUAUGAAGACGGUAGCGACGUCUCCCGGUCGAGUGAUGAAGAUAUGGACCGUGUGGAAUCGACAAGUUGUAAGGAUCUAGGCGGCACCAAAGAUGAAGUUAUGAACGGGAAAUACAACGAUGCCAGCCAACAUCACCCAACAGAACAAGGAUCUGUCCAAACAGUCGAGAACAACAAAAGGACAGCAGAAGAGGACGUUUCCAUAUCUGACGAGGGCGUUCAGGUUCCUGUCGACUCCACUGACCAACGUGUCAGUGAUAUGGGAGGCUCACCUGAAGAAAAGACAAAAAAUACCGAUAAAGGGAAAAAGAAGAAGAGGAUAUAA